AGGCGGUCAGUUGGAUUUCAUGCUCUAGAUAAUAGCCAAGCAGUUAGUGUGAGUGCUUUGAAUGCAAACAUUUUGGCUGCUUGGCAACGAAAAAUAUAUAAAAAUAAAUUAAAACUUGAUAUUUUAUUGACUUUCAACAUUGGACGGGUUAUUACCCGUCGAAUGGAAUCUACACGAUUUAAUUUACUGAGUGGAUUUGAAAACCAAUUCAAAUUCGAGUCAGCAAGCAAUUCAAAGCGUUAAAGCCCGCAACUUCCAUUGUCUGCAAGGUGUUAAAGAUUUGUUGUAUAAUCCGCUCCCCAAAAAAAAAAAACGAAAUAUUAAGAAAAAAAGAGCAAACUCGGCUGGGGUAUACCUACAACUUAAAAAUCGAUUAACAUCAGUGUAAUUAUGGACAUAAUUUCGGCGAUCAAGUGUGGCAACAACAAACCCCCUAAACGAAAGCGCCAUGUGCCGGCCAUAAACCGCAGACACGCUUCCUAAUUGAAAACAGAGCCAGCCCAAUGGACACGUAGCGAACGGCCAAAAGUGCGAGUGAGAGCGAGUGAGAGUGCGGGAAAGAGAAGGAUAGUGGCCAGAGGGAGAGAGAAAGAGCGAUAGAGUCAAUCGUGAUUUGGAUUUUCAGUGUGAUAUCGAACAGAGCGGCCUGGAGGCGAAAUCUUUUAGCCAAAACGGACAGGAAAAACAGAAAUACAAGCCAAAAUGUUCACCGCCACAAAAAUGGUUUACAGUUAUAGAAUUUUAUGGCUUUCCGGCGUAUUACUAGGUCCUCUUCUGUUAGCCGCCAUUGCGGUACAAGGCCAGGAGCCAGCCAGUCCAGUAUUUCAAAAUCACAAGACGAAGGAAUGGACGAAUUUAGACAACAUAACAUUCUCAUUUGAUUGCAAGAGGCGAUCCGUGGGCUUCUACGCCGACAUGGAAUACAAUUGCCAGAUAUUUCACAUGUGCGAUGAGGAGGGCAACAGAAUACCACAUCUGUGCGCCAAUGAGACGAGUUUUAACCAGGAGUACAGAAUCUGUGAUUGGGAUUACAAUUUCAACUGCACUGAGUCACCAAAAUGGUUCUAUCUGAACGAACUGACUUAUGCCACAGAUCCCCCAGACGAAGACGAUGAGGAUUACUAAAAAGUUAAUGCUCUUAAUUAAAUAUUUAUUGUCUCUGCAAAAAAAAAAACAAACAAACAAACAAAUAAGAAAGAAAAUCAAAAAACAUAACUAAUUAAAUUAAAAAUCGUAUGAAAAACGCUGAGUAAUUGUGAAAAAGAAAUAUAUUUUUAAAUUCCAUGCAAGUGAGAUGAGUUAAGUUAAGCGCCUUGUUGACGAUUUUGUUGAGUUUCGUGUUUUGUACCUUUGUAUUGUAGUCUAAUUGAGUCGAAAGUAGGUGUACGAGAUGUUGUGUAUAUACUGUAUAUAUAGAGAUGGGUCCCAGUUCCAUUUCCAAUUCAAAAACAAACAAAUUGUAUUUCAAAAUCCCAUUUAAACACCCCCCAAAAUAAUAAAAGUAAAGAAUUAAAAGAACCCGGAACAACCUCGAAGGGGUCCGCCACAUUAUUGUAUAAUUUACAAAUAAUCUAUCAUAUUUGUAAGCAAUCUUAAAUCGAAAUAAAAACAAAACCCAAUUGCUAGCCUUUAA